AUGACUUUGGGCCUUAUUUCACUGUUGGUGAAUAGCAAAAGAAGUUUAGCAAAUACGGGUAUCUUUUUCUUCUUCUUCUUCUUCCUCUUCUUCUUCUUCUUCUUCUUCUUCUUCUUCCUUGCGUUUAAUUCUUCUUCUUUUUUUAACUUUCUUUUUCUUCUCCUUUUUCUUUUUCCUUCUUUCUUUCGUCUUCUAUUUUGCUUUCUUCUUGCUAUUGUUCAUCUUCUAUUUGAAGCUACUUUCUUUCUUUCUUUUUCUUUCUUUCCUUCUUUUUCUUUCUUUCUUUGUUCACCUUUUACUUCAUCUAUUUUGAAUCCUUUCUUUCUUUCUUUCUUUCUUUCUUUCUCCUGUUUUGAACUUUCUUUCUUCUUCUUCAUCUUCUAUUUUGAAGAUUCUUUCUUUCUUUCUUCUUCUUCUUCUUCUUCUUACUCCAUUGUUUGUUGUUCCAUUUCUUCUUCUUCUUCUUCUUCUUCUUCUUCUUCUUCUUUCCACUUCUUCUUCUUACUCCAUUGUUUGUUGUUCCAUUUCUUCUUCUUCUUCUUCUUCUUCUUCUUCUUCUUCUUCUUACUCCAUUGUUUGCUGUUGCUGUUCUUCCACUUCUUCUUCUUCUUCUUCUUCUUCUUCUUCUUCUUACUUCUUUCUUUCGUUCUUUCUUUCUUUUCUUCUUCUUCUUCUUCUUCUAUUUUGAACUUCUUCUAUUUUGAAGCCCCUCUCUUCGUCUUCUUCUGUUUUGAAGCUACUUUCUUCUUCAUCUUCAUUUUCUUCUUCUACUUUAAAGAUUCUUUUUUCUUUCUUUCUUCCAUUUUGACGCUUCUUUCUUAUUCUGCUUUGAAGUUACUUUCGUUUUUCUACUCCUCCUAUUUUGAUGCUUCUUUCUUUCUUUCUUUCUUUCUUUCUCCUGUUUCUUCUUCUUCUUUUGUUUAUGCUUUAUUGUUCUUUCAUGUUUGCUCGACAUCCGGGCUAGAAAAUAUUGAAUAG